AUGCUUGCUGUGGCCCCUCUGCCCAACUCGAGGUGUCCCUUGGUGUACACUCUAGCCUACAACAAAGCCCUCUCUUCACCCCCCCCCCACCCCCCUCUUGUGCGUCUCCACUUUCUGACGGGAUCCUCUCUCGCUCUCGUCGCAGACCUCGGCGUCCAGGUGUGCCACCCGGAGGAGCUGCUGGCCGCCCGGUCGCGCGACUUCUCCUGGGGCGUGGACGUCUGCAUCGACUGCAGCGGCGCCGCCCCCGCCAUGGAGUGCGCCGUCAACCUCCUCAGGGCCGGCGGCAAGCUGCUAGUGUUCGGCGUGGCCGCCCCCCAUGCCCGCAUGAGCAUCUCGCCCUAUGAAAUCUACAAGAAGGAGCUGACCAUCCUGGGAGUCAUGGUCAACCCCUUCAGCUUCAACAAGUCCAUCGGCUUCCUCGAGGCUAUGGGAGACAAGUAUUUGAACUUCGACAAGCUCGGCGUCCGCGUGUACCAGCUGAACCAGUACGAGGAGGCCAUGCAGGAGCUCAGAAACAGGAACAUCAGCAAGGCCGUGUUCCAGGUGUCAGCCUAAGCACAAGACCGCGCCCAAACAUUCGCACGAACCCCUCAUCACCCUUACCACUAGCUCACUAGCUGUACAUUCCAACAAAAGUUAUUAUUCGCCUUAAUAAAAACACAAAUUUCCAUUA